GUUUACUUGGCUUCUAGUAUAAUAUUGCAGCUUUCAGUCCCAAAACCGCUUUCAUAGCAGUUGUUUUCACGACUUUGAUUUGAUUCAGCCUUUUUGUCAUUGAAAAAUCAUUCAAGAAAAGCCGAUAAUCUUGUUGCAAAGGCAGACCAGUUGUAGUAGCUCGUUGUUGGCGUUGCUUCUUUCAUCUCAACAGCGCGGCAGAACCGAGGAGGUUGCGCCACGAUGGUUGUCCCACCGAACCCUACAGGAGCGCCUCCAAACUACGGAGGUCCUACUAGUUCUGCUUACGGAGCGCCGCUUCAGCAACAUUCGCAGUACACACUACAUCAGAAUUCCGUUCCUGGUACCACUGCUUCCUACAACCCGCUCCCGCCCACCGGUCAGCAGUAUGCGCAGUAUCAAGUUUCCCCUGCUGCUUCUCCGCCCCCCGGCUUGUCCUCCUACAACCCAGGACAUCAUAACGGACCACCGAUGAGCGGCGCGGCUGCUUUCGGGUACAACCCCAACCCGCCGCUAGCGACUGGGGGCGCUGGUCCUCCGUAUCAUGGAAUGAACCCGAACUCCUCCCCUCAAGACACGCAUUACAAUCCUGGAGCGGGAGGGGCGGGCCUGCCCCCGCAUCAAAACACGGCUUCGGCGUUCACGCAACAGACUACAAACAUGUACAACAACUUCAGCAUCGGCCCCGCACCGGGGUUGCCGCCACCGAGUUUUGGUGUCGGGGGAAGCGGCCCACCAAAGUUACCUCCAAGUUUGAGCGCGAAUGUGGGGGCGCAGGUAGUAAAAUAAAUGAAGAUGUUGAGCAUUCUGCCUGCAGUAGUUGCAAUUGCAUUUAAUAAAUGUCCCUACUUUUUUAAUAACGUCAGUGCCAUUAUACAUGCUCGUGCUUUGGAAGAAAAGAAAGUGAUGCAAUCACAGCCAUUCUAUCCGACGCAAAGCGGUCCGUCGUUCUACCCCAGUUCUUACCCCGGGAUGCAGCCGAGUAAGCCGCCACAGCCCAGUUUUGACAAAGACCGCGUCUACGAGGGCGUGGUAAAAAUUAUGAGACGAAUUAUAGUUUUCUCUUCUGGAUCUGGUUCUACAAGUAGAACUUGUUCUGUUUGAUGCGAUGGAUGCAGAUAAAACACUCGCCGCAUGUCUUCAGACCAGUUAUUCUCAAGUUGCCGCUUUCUUACCAAUUCGUUGUAUGACCAACAGGGGACGCUGGAGUUCUUGAAAAUGAAAUCAUGAAGCACCACGACAAAAAUGAAACACCAGGUAAAGACCUUCAACGUCGCCUCGGGCUUUGGUUUUAUUCGACAAGAAGAACUCUACAUGAAAUUCGACCGCGAUGUCUUCUUCAACAGAAAGAUCGAAGGUAAAAGAACUUGGAAUCUGUGAUGCCGAAGACGCAACUUAGAAAUGUUUGUCUUGCACUUACUAGUACAUGUACAACACCAUCAGCAUGUACUGUGAAUCAUAUAGUAAAUCUUAAUCUAAUCAAUUUCGUCCACAAAAAUACUCAGGCGCGGACAAGAUCGAGCCCGGGCUCCCGGUGCAGUUCCAGCUUACGCUAAACGAGAAAAACCAGCCGCAGGCGGUGGAAUUGAAGAUCAGUGAGAAGGUGGCAAAAAAGAAGGCGCCCCCGGCGGACAAGGUUUUCAGUGGCGUAAUUCGCACCUUCAACGCCAAUUUGGGCUACGGCUUCAUUACGUGCGCGGUAUUGAAAGAUCAGUACGACCGCGACGUCUUCGUGCACAAACAGCAGUUUGAGGGCCUCGAAGUGGGGGAUCAGGUACUACUUCGUUGUUACUACCACACCAGUUGUAGUGUUUCCGCCAGGAUCAUGAAAUCCAUUGACCAUUGUGGGUCAGUAAACUUGAGAGUUACAAGUUCCUUCCUCCUGCUGCGAGAGCGAGACCACUUGCAAUGCAUGAUGAAAAGGUGAAAUGACAGACACCACAAUAAACCCCAGGUGCAGUUCAAAGUCUCGGUAAACGCGAAGGGCCAGCCACAGGCACGAGAGGUGACGCAAUUAAAGCAGAAAGAGGAGGAAGCGGCGGUUACCCCGCCUGAUGGCAGAUCGAAGUUUACGGGUACACAUAGUACAGUGAGACAAGUACUGGAACUUUGCAAUGCCAGACUGGAUCGUGUUGUUGACAUUCUUCUACGAUGAUAUCGUGUAAUAUCGCUAUAUAUGUUGCGCCGCUAGCGGUAGCGCUUGCAGCAGGACAAUCAAUUACGGCACCAGAGGACCGACGGAACAACAAUCGAACAAAUUAUCAGGUCGUCUCCGUCCUUUUCCGCAAGAUGCGGAGUACACCUUUCUGGAUUCCGAUAUGGCGUUCUCAAAUGUUACAUUCUCAACUGUUACAUGAUUUGUCAUGCAAAAACACUAUCGCUCUCCACACGAUCAAGCCUUCUCCGCAUGACAACUUCUCGACGCGCUAGAUAGCAUCAUAAUCUGCUCCAAACCUGUAAUGCAAAAGGCCCAAUCUUUUCCCUUUCACUUUUGCCGUUCUUGCAUGACAAAUUUCAUGUAACAGUUGAGAAUGUAACGUUUGAGAACGCCAUAUCCGAAGACGCCGCCAAACGCUUCAACCAGGCGGACGUUUUCGUGCACCGCUCGCACUUCCAGGAAUCGGAGAUCGAGUCCGUCUCCGAGGGCGAAUUUGAGUUCGACAUCGUCUUGGUGCGCAACCGACCGCAAGCGAGGAACUUAGUCAAGCUUCUCGACGGUACGAUCGCUUCGAAUAAAGCUGCUGGCAACAAUACUAGUGGCACCAGCGGUACAGGACAACUUCCACCACUUGCCACCGGAUCAGAGCAAGUGGGCGGCAGCGCUGCCAGUACAAUUUCCUUGACCUCCGGCGGCAAGUUGAGUGGAGCCACCACAGCGAGUGCGGCAGCACACCAGCAGCUGCAGUCUGGCUCUAGUACGAACGCGUCAAGGACGACUUCAAAAACUUCUUCUUCCUCCUCCUCAAGCCUAAUGACCGGGACCAGUUCCCUCGCAACGGGUUACGGAUCUGAUGUGAACGUCACAGGAGCAAGUGGUGGAAUGAAAUUGAACGCAGGAGGAAGUGGAAUUGGAAUUGCAUCAGCAACAGGAGGACCUAUUCCUACUGCCGCAGCCGCUGCCGCGCAACAGCUGCCCACGGUAAUCAACGGCGUGAAAGUCGGCACGAAUCCGGCGAGCUCCUCUACGAGCAGCUCAAGACUUCCCGGGGCUCCUGGAGCGGCUCCCGGAACGGCUGCUGGCGCGGGGACGGCACUCGGUGGAACUGCUGGAAAUAUUAGCAUAGGUGGCGUCGCGUCUUCUUCGAUUCCAAAGCACAGCAUGGCUUCGCCGGAAUUGCUGAAGAUGGGGAAUAACUUUGGAAAUCUGGCCUCCCCGGACGCGACCUCGUCCUCAUCAACGACGGCCAGCUCGGCGAACAUGAAGCAGAACCUGAGGAAGGAGAGCAGCGCGACGGACGUGCGGGCGGGCAAUGUUGGUGGGAGCAGCAGCGGGCAGAAAUUGAGUACGGCUGUGUCACAAGACGCGUUCUCGCCCGUCAAGGUGGAGUUGUAGGUCGUGGGAAGAUUUCAUCUUUGAAGGUGCUUUUCCAUACUAGGAUCUUUUUUUGCUUGUUUCAGACCAGAUACAACUUGGUGCCCACGACGAUCCUGGAGAUGAACUAAAAUGUUCACAGUCCUCAGUUACAUCUUUUUAUUUCUUUCCUGCUUCUGCCUUCUAUUUGCUAUAUGAAUGUAACUUGAUGAGUUGUAGAGAAAGUGUUCAUGAAGUAGAGCUUGCAAUGAUUCUAUUUAUGAAAAUUCCAAACGGAGAACGAAAACGAAAUGUCUUCAACUCCAACGAAAUCGGUAUUGUGGGAAAAAAGGAUUCCCGCGAACACUAGGAGCUAUGCGAAAAACAACUUUCACGUAGGAUAUGCUUACAUACUUCCUAGGAUUUUUCUUUAAUUUGACAACUUCAACUACGAUAUACGUCGUUGCCAAGAAAUAAAGAUGUUCUUUGGCGAUUGCGUAUCUGCUUUCGGUACAUACCAACUGCAAGUCAGAAUGUCGUCGUAAAAUUUUAUCAAAGUAUACUCGCCCUGGUUCUUCUUCUUUUUGCUGUGGUCUCCCUGUGGUCUUACGGGGAAAGUGUCUGUACCGAAAGAAAGAGCUAGCGUCCGGACCGACAAUAAUGUUGUAAAAAAGUAUGACGCUGCAUCUGCAACUUCAACACUUGUAUCUGUUUAUUCUUUAUGGGUAUGCCUAUGCCUAAGCUAAUUUUAAUUUCUUUCUCAGUCUGUCUUCUAGUUCUACUUCUUCUGUCAUGGCGUGUAAAAGCCAUUCGCUGGAUUAUCUCUGUUAAUUUGACCCAAAUAGAAAUUGAUGAUUUUGUAGAAAAAUUCUUUUGCGAUUUCUGCGGCCACUGCAUAGUCCGUCGGGUACAGCAGGUGCUCGUCCUACUAUCGGCUGGCUAGACCCAAGGCACGUCAAGAAGUAUGAUAUUGGAAAAAACCACUGUGACUCCGAUGUCAGGGUCGGGCCGCUAUCUUUCAAAAGCUGAACAAGGAAGUUGAAAUUCAUCUUGUGACGGAACUUGAUUGAGGUUUUCUUCUUGACUAAGACAGCGCUGAAAUAAGUGAGUCAAGAAAAGAUGACGCGGUUAAUGCAGAACAAGGCUCCCACUUCAU